UUGAUUUUGACAUUCGCAGCCACCUCGACGAAAAUCUCAGCUGUUCUGACAGCACCACCUUGAAUGAAUUCGCCUUGCCUUGGUCAUUGCAUUUCGUGGAAUCAAGAGAGGAUGUUGCUUAAUCCGCUUAAGUCCAUGUUAGUUUUAUAUUUAAUAAAUGUUUUUAAUAUUUUCACUAACACAUUGAACUAAACGUCACAAAGAGCGAAAGGGUUAAAAGUACGAACGAUCUGAUCUGCGCGCGUACAAUCCGGAUAAAGCAACAAGAAGGAAAUCUAAUCAGCUGUUAACGAUUGGCAUGAUUAUUAACCCUACUGUAGUAGAAAUACAUAAGUGCGAGUGCAUUCUAUAACACCGCAUUUCAACGCAACUUACUCGAUGUGAUACGACGCUUUAGUAGCUAAACAUAACGCUUAUAAUCGUUUGUCGUAAAGUGCUAGGAAAGUGCUCGCCUCAGCCAAUACAAUUAUUUUUUUUGGAGCAAUAAACCCGCGGCUAUCAGAAAUAUGAGAAUUUUUUCGCCUAGAAAGGAAUCCAGCACGAUGGAUAUGUAGCUUCGUCAAGAAUUUUUAAAGUAAUGAUUAGCGUCAUCAUAUCUACCUAUAUCCAUUUAACACGCGCACUAAUCAACCAGAAUUUAAUCACUUGUAUCAACAUUAAACAAAACAAGACAAGACAAAAACAAAACUACUUUGUUAUCAACGAUUAUUUUAGAAAAAGUUUUCAUUCACGACGGGAGCGAUUAGUUGGACGAUAUACAAGACUGUUCAUAAAUAGUAGUUAGUCACGAUUAGCGCGCAGAAAGUGCCAGUCGAGAGCGCAACGAAAUCGAGUAACCAUGUGGCCAAAAGUUGAUAAGGAGCUACUGCCUAUGAAGGCGCAUUAUUUCUUUUUUAAUGCAGGAACGGCGCCGGUAAUGCCUUUCAUGCCCACAUUGGCGCGUCAAUUAGGCUUCUCUACAGUGGUGGUAGGCACAAUGUAUGCAAUUUUGCCGAUCGUUGGCAUGUUAGCGAAACCGCUAUUUGGAUUUAUAGCAGAUCGUUAUCAACGUCAUCGAACACUUUUCCUUAUCGGCGAAGUACUCACCGCCGUGGCCUUCUUCCUCAUACAAUUUACGCCAUCCAUUCCACAAUCCUUGCCUACUGUAGAAUUUCACUGUCACGGUGGUGCAUCCGAUCUCAAAUAUUAUUCCGAAUUUGAUAAGUGCAUAGAACAGAAUCUCGAAAGUUACUAUGGCGAUCGCGUACUAACUUGCCAGCUAUACUGUCACGCUAAUCCUGAGCAAUGGGACUUCGUUUGUGACAACUGGCUACAUAACAACGGCAGUAUUACAAGUAAUGUCACUUGUCCUGAUCGCAAUAAUCCACAAUUAAACUUUACAACAUUUGUCAAUAUGAGCGAAAUUGUGAUGGCAAGUGACCAUCUGUUCUUUGUCAUACCACACGAUCAAGGUCAAAUUAAUGGGGAAAAUAUAACUUUAAAUUGUCCACGUGAACAGUCACAAUUCAAUACAAGCUGUCAGAUUGAAUGCAAUGAUAAAUAUUUCCAUAGCCAACUGGUGCAGAGUGCAGCGAUAAAGAACAGUGAUGUGACGGGCAUGUAUCAAUUUUGGUAUUUUUUUAUCAUGCUCAUUGUGAGCUGGAUUGGUAUGGCGGUGGUGGUGAGCAUCGGUGAUGCCAUAUGCUUUUCGAUAUUGGGUGAACGACAUCAUUUGUAUGGAAAUCAGCGAUUGUGCGGAUCCAUAGGUUUCGGUGUAUUUUCCAUUAUCGCUGGUGUGCUAGUAGAUAAAAUGUCUGGCGGCAGUGCUACUAAAGACUAUACAAUCGUAUUUUGGAUGACUUUGGUGAUAAUUGGCUUUGACCUGAUAUCAUCCACGAAAUUAAAGCACACACAAACCCACCUCUCACCCAACAUUCUCAAAGAUGUCGGUAAAAUGUUCCUUUCAGUACGUUGUGUGAUAUUUUUCAUUUGGUGCGUUUCGAUUGGUCUAUGCACGGCACUCGUUUGGAACUUUCUCUUUAUGCAUUUGGAUGAAUUAGGCGAAAAACUUGAAGGCUGUCAAAAUUCAAUGAAAACACUUGAGGGUAUCGCCAUGGGCAUACAAUGUUUCGGUGGUGAGCUGCCCUUUUUCUUCCUUUCUGGUUGGAUAUUAAGGAAAAUCGGUCACGUUAAUGCAAUGAGUUUGGUGCUAUUCGCAUUUGGCGUGCGUUUCAUACUCUAUUCUGUGCUGGUGAAUCCAUGGUAUGUGCUGCCUAUUGAAAUGUUGAAUGGUGUUACAUUUGGUAUCUUCUACUCAACGAUGGCGUCGUAUGCGAGUAUUGUAGCGCCACCGGGCACAGAGGCCACUAUGCAGGGCCUAGUCGGUGCAGUCUUUGAAGGUGUGGGCGUAUCAAUGGGCAGUCUCAUUGCUGGCAAUCUCUUUGCCGCUGUAAGCGGUAGCGGAACCUUCUUGAUUUUCGGAAUUUUCGCCUUCAUUGUAUUUGUUGUGCAUGUAUGUGUGCAGAUAUAUUUGCAACGCAAUGCUGUUGAUACAAAUGGAACGGUGAAAUAUUUGACGCCCAACGAUGCGAUGCAUAUGCUCAACGAACCAGAAUACAGUAUUGUCGCUUAAAAAAAGCGAUUAACAAAAAAAGAUUUCCUGCUUAUAAGUAAUCAACUGGUCUAUGGCGUGUGCCAGUUUCUCCCGGUCUAAUGUGUGCGUGCAGCAGGUCUGUAGCUGCAAUAUAUCGGCUUUGAGCACACGGCAGCUGCCUUUUCUUGCUUUGAUGUUCUAUUCUCACUAUGAGCUGUGAAUCUUUUGCGUACUUAUUAGAAGGAAAACAAAAACAACAACAAAAAACUACGUACAUAAUCUAUGGAAUUGUGGAUGUACUUAGUUAAUAGUAAAUGUGUAUGGUAUUUUUGAAAUUUCUGACAUUGUAGCAUUUGAGUGUAUUCGCGAUGAACUGUACAUUUUACAUAUCUACACAAAUAAGCAUUUAUAGUUGAUGUCAAAUUUAGCGUAAUUGUUUUGAUAGCUAUAGAUUAUUACAAAUUACGAAUUAGUAACUUGCAUGCGGUUUACGUAACGAAAGCAGUUUCGUCAAUCCACUAGAUAAAUUUUAAUAUUUCAUUUCUAUUUUAAUUUAGGUGCAAAGUAGUACGCCUGUGUGCUUUAAUAGCUAAUUAUACGUUGAGGGUAAGUCUCUAAAUACUUUGUAUUUUGGAAUUAAAUUUUAUUUUAACUACAUAUAAAAUCGCUAUAAAAUAAUAUUAUCACGCCUGUGUAGUGUAGUAAGAUAUAAC